CUAUUUUCCUCUCAGAUUCUGGCCAAUCAGUCUCCCAGUCUCUUAGAGUUUCCUAACAGCUUGUCUUUUCUAUAGCCUGGAGGUGUGGACCAAGUUACUGUGGGACUGGGCCACUGUUGCUGACAUGGAGGCCUUUCCAUGGCUGUUCCUCCUGCUGCUCCUAGAAGCCAAAGCAUACUCUGGAGAUGGUGUGGAUCCUAAGGAAGUAGUUGGAGUUCUUCAGGAGUCAGUCAGUCUCCCCCUGGAAACACUAUCUGGUGAAGAAGUUGAGAGCAUCAUCUGGUAUUCGAAGAACAAAAUUGGCAUAGUGAUGCCAGGGAAAGAAAGACAGCCAGCUACCAUCUUGGUGAUGGACCCUCACUACCAGGGCCGAGUGAGCUUUUCGGAGCCCAGCUACUCUCUUUAUAUCAACAAUUUGACCUGGGAGGAUUCAGGACUUUACCAAGCUCAAGUCAACCUGAGGACACCCUCCUUCUCUCCCCCACAACGCUACAAUCUACGUGUCUACCGACGACUGUUGCAGCCUCAAGUCACUGUAAACGUUAACGUCUCUGAGGAAGGUGUCUGUGACAUGUUCCUGACAUGCUCUGUAGAGAGAGCCGGCAUGGAUGUGACCUACAGCUGGCUCUCAUCAGAGGAUAGCAGUGCUGCAGUGCAGCAAGGCCCUGUCCUCAACACAUCCUGGAGGCUUGGUGAAAAUGCUCUUUCUUACACAUGCAGGGCCAGCAACCCCAUCAGCAACAGCAGCUCCCGUUCUGUCUCUGUUGGGCCCUUCUGUGCAGAUACUGGAUAUCCUGAGAUGUCCCCAGUGACUGUCUGCUUCCUAGCCAAGGGAUUGCUCCUCCUCCUGCUCGUGGUAAUUCUAGUCACAUCACUCUGGGUUUUUCAGGUCCAGAAAAAAUGUGAAAAGUCAAGGAUGAGGAAAAUCAAGACAAACAGAAUGAAUCUGUGAAAGAAGGGGAAGCCUAGUCCCAGCCUAGCCUGACUGCCUCCUGGGCAGGGUGUGUGUUGGGGGGAGGGGGGGAAAUGUCUCUCCUAAGCUUGGUGUUUUCUCAGAUCCAAGGGAAUCCUCCAACAGGGCAACAAAGGCUGCAAAGGGCCAUUUUCCCAAGGGCAUGACAAUAAAGUCAAGUUGAGUAUCUGUACCUCA